AUGCAGAAGCGGGAAAGAAAAAGCCUCCACAAGGUUGCGGAAAUCAUUCUAGAAGGAAUCCAGAAGCCUUUCCACGCAGGCAGGCAAUGUGGGAUUUGGCCAAUUCAGCCGACAAACCAACAUCGCCCAUUGGAUCCCAGCGUUGCCAAUGUCGCCGGGGCCUUCGACUUGCUCUCGCUGCGCACAGUCCGUGACACCCUUCGAUUUUCUUCCAGAACCUCGCCGGCAUCCCAGCAGUCCAACGGGAUGCUCUGGUCGGGCGCCCCGGUGCUGACUGCAUGCCUUAGCCCCGGUAUCUCAGCCUAUAGCAAACUCGUUGCUGUGGGAUUUCGGUGUUGGGAUCAGAUCGCUCGGUUGACGAUGACGCAAAGCCUCUCAAAAUUUGAACGACGAGAGGGUGGUGGAGCCAUUGCCCGUCUCUUUUCUGAUGUGUUCAUUUUAUCCCCGGUUUUUGACCCCACCUCAUUCUUCGAAAUCCUUCUAGCGCCGCAGUAG